UCAAGGUUGGUGGAGUAGAAGGGGUGGGAUUAAAGUCUUUGAACGGCAGAGAGAAAUCUCCACUCUGAUUUCUGCAACAGGGCCCUGCUGGUGCUCGCCAGGAUAUCCCUUCUACUGCAAGCUUUGCUGAAGAGCCCGCGGGAGUCCAUGGUGCCCACAUUUCUCUCAGAGCUCGGAGUCAGGGAUGCAGCUUCACCAUGGGUCUCAUGGAGUUUUACCUGGAGAUUGAUCCAGUCACUCUAAACCUCAUCAUCCUCAUCGCCAGCUACAUCAUCCUGCUUCUGGUCUUUCUCAUCUCUUGUAUCCUGUACGACUGCCGUGGCAAAGACCCUUCCAAGGAGGAUGUUUCCGAGCCCCCUGCCCCCCAGCAGCAGUCUCCAAUCCGGCUCGUGGUGAUGCAAAACUCCCCGGCCUCGUCACGUUAUAAUGAGCAGAACAACACAGCUGCCUCCAAUUUCGCGCCUCUGACCCCUUAUAUUGAGGAGAAGAGGAGAGCUGUGGUCUGACCCAUCAACAGUCUGCUGAUGAGUGACCUUCUCUCGUUUUCCCCUUUCGAACACAUAUUCAGUCUUCUUGAAGUUAAUAAAUGUAGAAAGUUGAACCUAAUUUGAGCUGAAACAGAGCUUCUAUCUGCAUUCAUUAGUUUAUUGUGGACAAUUUCAUCAUGAAACUGGAGUUAUUUUAUCCUCUGGACACUGGAUAGAGGCCAGCAGAAGACACAAGUGUGUACCUGAACAGAGCUAAUGUCUGGACACGUGUACAGUCAUAAUAUACUCUGCUUUAGAAAUGACGUGAUUAUACAGGUUUGUCAAAGGCAUGAAUGUUGCCCAAGUAGUGUACAACACUAAGUAUAUAAGUUAUAAAUUUUGAAUGUGUUCGUUGUGAAGUUUGAAUGUGUGUGUUUGUAAAUGUGUAAACAUACAGGAAAAUUGUAAAGAAUAUAUUUACAAUAAUAUAAUAAUAUUGUCUCAUUCCUCAUCAUAGGAAAUUCUAAUUCAGUCGAAUUGAUCAAACCACUGGUUAAAUGCAACUAUUAGCAAUGUAAUCAGAUGUAAAACAUCUAUAUUUAUGUAUUGCAUUUUUGUUUUUUUCCAAAGCAGCUUACUUUGCAUUCUGUGUAUAUAUUUUGCAAGUAGGCUUUAUGUGGAUCGUUAUCCCCAGGAAUCAAACCCAUGACACUGGCUUUGCUAGCGCUAUGCUGUUGAGCAGCUGAGCUACAUCAUCUAAAAUGCAAUAUUUAUGAACAUAUAACAAUAGAUGUUAUUUUAUGGAAAAAUAAUUGCGCUACAGUAAAUUAAUUACGAUUUUUCAGCAAAUAGCUUUUGUUUGACAAUCAUGUGGUAAAAAAAGUGAUGAGAUUUAAUUCCUGUUCACACUAAUAUAACAUUCAGAGAACUGUAUCCUCAACAGAAAGAUUUCUGAAUAAAAGCAAAUUAAUUUUUCUAAUCAGACUUAAUCAUUCUUUUGUUGUUUGUGUCUAUGGCAGC